UCGACAUUAUCCCGAUUACCAAGCGAGGGUCGUAUCUUCAAGUUAGCUAUUGCCUAGCCCUGCGGGUUUUCUUUUAGACGUUUUUCCUUAACGGUCGUUUUUCCUCGUGUGAUGUUCACGGUACCAUGUUUGACUUAAGCUGUUUCUACGUUUCUCAAGGCUGAGUAUUGAAAGCACCUCUGAUAUUCGUUGUUUAUCUCGUCCCCCUCUGCCCAUCCACCCGUCAGUCAUUCAUUUCCGCAGCCUCUAGCCUGUGAAGUUCCCCGUCGAGCACGUCUUGCGGAUGAGCUCACGAGUGUGCAUCUCACCGGUUAAUAAUUGACGGGAUGUUUCGUUAGCGGUGUGAGCAGAGGCUCAAAAUCUGCCCUCUGUCAGUAAGGUAGUAAAAACGACAGCGAUGGGCGAGGCAAAAGAAAAACAUGACCGGAGGUUGGGAGUCACAGCCUGGAUUUGUGACGUGGUUUACAGCACUGGGGCCGGAAAAAUGAGAGGCAGACACCGCAAGCAAUGAAAGGAUCCAGCCAGAUCCGCUUGCUUCAGUUUCAUGUUGAGGGACGACUUUUGGCUGCCGUCCAGGGAGAUAAGUGUGAUCGGACACAUGUCAUACAUCUUGUUUCGAUUCUUUCACUAACUGGUGUGUGAGAUAGACAGGACGUGUCACCGCGAAGAGCCGCGCGUCUUGCUCACAUCUGAAUGAAGGAUCAGUUGGCUUUUGGGAUACUUCAAGGAAACUUUUUAUCAUUAUUAUUAUUAUUAUUAUUAUCCACGAGAUGCAUGUUCAAUAACACAGAUUUUUAAUCGCGACUUCUCUCUGGAUUAUUUAAUUUGAAGAGUUUGCUCUGGUUUGGUUCAUCUUGUCAUUUAACCGAACUGGUCGCUACCUGGCAGCUGAAACAUGGCACUUUAUGUGGCCGGUCUGAGUAAAGGAGUGGCCCCACAAGGAAUGGCUGAGUUCCAGGAAAUGAUGCGGCAGCAGCUGGAGAGCUCCAUGCACACUGAGCUGGAGAAGCUGCUGGACACCACCACAGGCGCUGAGAAAGAGGCGUCCAGGAAAGACUUUGGAGGCUUCAGGAAUCUCUUCCACCGAUUCCUGCAGGUGAAGGGUCCAUCGGUGGAGUGGAUCAAGAUACAGAGACCUCCAGAAGACUCGAUCCAGCCCUACGAUAAGAUCGCCGCCCGAGGCCUGCCGGACAACGUGGCUGACAGCCUGAACAAACUGGUGGUGGUGAAGCUAAACGGAGGCCUGGGCACCAGCAUGGGAUGUAAGGGCCCCAAGAGCCUGAUCAGUGUCCGCAACGAGAACACCUUCCUGGACCUCACUGUGCAGCAGAUUGAGCACCUGAACAAGACUUACAACACAGACGUGCCGCUGGUCCUCAUGAACUCCUUCAACACAGAUGAAGACACAAAGAAGAUCCUGCAGAAGUACACACACCACCGCGUCAAGAUACACACCUUUAACCAGAGCAGGUACCCUCGCAUCAGCAAAGAGUCCCUCCUCCCCGUGUCCACAAACUUGAGCAUGAAUGGGCAAAACGCAGAAGGCUGGUACCCUCCAGGCCACGGUGACAUUUACGCCAGCUUCUACAACUCGGGCCUGUUGGACCAGCUGAUCGCGCAGGGGAAGGAGUACAUCUUCGUGUCCAACAUCGACAACCUGGGCGCCACCGUCGACCUCCACAUCCUGAACCACCUGGUCGGCCAGCCCAACGGCAAGCGCUGCGAGUUCAUCAUGGAGGUGACGGAUAAGACGCGCGCCGACGUCAAGGGUGGCACGCUGAUCAAGUACGACGGAAAACUGCGCCUGCUGGAGAUCGCACAGGUGCCCAAGGCCCACGUCGACGAAUUCAAAUCGGUCUCAAAGUUCAAGAUCUUCAACACCAACAACCUGUGGAUCUCUCUGGCUGCCAUCAAGAGGCUGCAGGAGCAGAACGCAAUGGAUAUGGAGAUUAUAGUCAACCCGAAGACGCUUGAUGGGGGGCAGAACGUCAUCCAGCUGGAGACGGCGGUCGGCGCGGCCAUCAAAUGCUUCGACAACGCCCUGGGCAUCAAUGUACCUCGCAGCCGCUUCCUGCCCGUCAAAACCACGUCGGACCUGCUGCUGGUCAUGUCCAACCUGUACAGUCUGGAGGCCGGCUCUCUCACCAUGAGCCCCAAGAGGGAGUUUCCUACAACGCCGCACGUCAAGCUGGGCAGCUCCUUCACCAAGGUCCAGGAGUACCUGACCCGCUUCGAGAGCAUCCCCGACAUGCUGGAGCUCGACCACCUCACAGUGUCUGGAGACGUCACCUUCGGGAAAAACGUUUCCCUCAAGGGUACCGUCAUCAUCAUCGCCAACCAUGGAGAUCGGAUCGAUAUUCCAGCCGGCUCCAUGCUGGAAAACAAAAUCGUUUCCGGCAACCUCCGCAUCAUGGACCACUAAUGCCUUUUUCAUCCCCUCCACCCAAUCAUGUGAUCAAGUUAUGUUUGUCCCAGUCAUGUGACCUGUUUGUCAAGUAUCCCCGGAUUGUGAAAGGAAAUGGCUUUUCCCUGAAGGACGUGUGUGUGUGUGUCUGUCUGUGUGUGUGUGUGUGUGUGUGUGUGUGUGUGUGUGUCUGUCUGUGUGUGUGUGUGUGUGUGUGUGUGUGUGUGAGUGUGAGUGAGAGUGAGAGAGACUGUGAAUGUGAAUGUGAAGUGCGGCUCUGCAGUUGGGAGUGCUUGUAGCUGGGCUAUACUGCCCUCUACAGGCUGUGUAUAAUAUAAUAUAAACACUUAAUACUAUUGACCUAUAGCCACCAUAGAGAGAAAGACAACAAAUCAGAUUUUAUUUUUUAUUCUUUUUGUCAACUGUAGUGAUUUUGACUGUUGGCCAGAAAAUAAAACCUGCCAAAACAGAUUAAAGAUAGAGAUAACAAUGUUAA